AUGGGUGUUGAGUCUACUGCCCAACAUGGGGAGACGAUCUCCUCGGCCCCCGAGCAGAAUUUAACCUAUUCUUCUGAUGAGAAUACUGUCAAGCUGCCUUCUGAUGGUGUGGAUACUCCUAUCCCGCGUCUUACCCUGCGAUCCUUCGUCUUGGCUAUCUUCGUGUCAAUGGGUGGUCUGCUUUUCGGAUUCGAUACCGGUCAGAUCUCUGGUUUCCAAGACAUGUCCGACUAUCUGCAACGGUUUGGUGUGAACCAAGAUGGUACUUACGUCUUCACUGAUGUUCGCUCUGGUUUGAUCGUCGGUAUUUUGUCCAUUGGUACUUUGGUCGGCUGCUUGAUCGGCGCCCCCGUAGCAGACUGGAUUGGCCGCAAGUGGUCUAUCACCAUGUGGUCCAUCGUUCUCAUUGUUGGACUCAUCGUUCAAAUAUCCUCUCCUUCCGGUAAAUGGUACCAGAUGGUUGUCGGCCGAGCCGUCACCGGUCUUGGUGUUGGCGGUUGCUCAUUGUUGGUGCCCAUGUACAUGGGUGAGAGUGCUCCUCGUCAUGUUCGUGGUGCUAUGAUCAGUUGCUACCAGCUCUUCGUCACUCUUGGUAUCUUCCUGGCUUACUGCAUCAACCUGGGUACCAAUACCCUCGAAGGCUCUGAGCAAUGGCGUAUCACUCUUGGCCUUACCUUCCUGUUUGCUCUGAUCCUUGCUGGUGGUAUGCCGUUCUUCCCUGAGAGCCCUCGUUUUGAGUUCCGUCAUGGACGAGUUGAGUCUUGCCAACGUACUCUUUCUAAGCUCUAUGGUGUUCCUGAGAACCAUGUCCGCAUCCUUGAAGAGAUGGAGGAGAUUCGAGAACAGCUUGAGGCUGAGAGUGUGGAACAAGUGUGGCAUGAAUUCAUUACUGCACCUCGCAUGUUCUACCGUAUCUGCUUGGGUAUGGGUUUGCAGAUGUUGCAACAACUGACUGGCUCCAACUACUUCUUCUACUUCGGAACCACCAUCUUCAAGGGCGCUGGUAUCUCCAACAGCUUCAUCACCCAGGUUAUCCUCGGUACGGUCAACUUUGUUAGCACUUUCGGUGGUCUAUACAUCAUUGAAAACUUUGGCCGUCGCAAGUCCCUCAUUACUGGAGCAAUUUUCAUGUUUGUCAUGUUCAUGAUCUUCGCCUCUCUCGGUCACUUUAUGCUGGAUAUUGAAACCCCCACAAACACCCCAGGUGUUGGUAAGGGUAUGAUUGUCGUGACAUGCUUCUUUAUUGCUGCAUUUGCCAUGACUUGGGGCCCCAUGGUCUGGACCAUUGUUGCUGAGCUCUUCCCCUCCAAGUACCGUGCGAAGGGUAUGGCUUUGUCUACUGCCUCCAACUGGCUCUGGAACUUUCUCCUCAGUUUCUUCACCUCCUUCAUUACCAGUGAUAUUGACUUUGCCUAUGGUUAUGUCUUCGCUGGUUGCUUGUUCUUCGCAGUAUUUGUUGUGUACUUCUUCGUCAUCGAGGGCAAGGAUCGUACUCUUGAGGAGCUGGACUACAUGUACGUGCACAAGGUCGCGCCAUGGAAGAGCAGCAGUUAUGUCUUCCCUCAUAACCAGCAGCAGUGGACUCCAGAUGAUGCUCGCAAGUCUGAGCAGCAGUACAACCAUGCUGAAAAUGCAUAG